AGAGCAGCGACGUCAGGCGCCUAUCGCUAAAUUCACAAACCUUUUCUUGCAGCCGCAGUGUCGAUGCAGUCGCUUUUAAAUUCUUGUUCUCCAGACGUCAGCGCCAGCGCCUUGCUGUCAACAUAGCGAUAUAAUUUCUGCUUGGCAAGAGUCAGGACUUCUGCUCAUCGCUAAAUAUUUGUUUUUUUUUUGUUAGCAGGCACAGUCGAAAAAUAAAUCAUGAAGUACAAGGAAGAGACGAAAGUGUAUGAGAGCCGGUGGGAGGAUGUCACUGCAGCUUUUUGGCAAAAGUAUCCGAACGCCCAGGCGCCUAACGUGAAGUCCGUCGACCCUAUCGCGCGGGAAGUCGACGCGGAGAACCAAACUUUGCGGACCCGGCGACUCCUGGCGCUGGAGUAUGCCAUGCCCUCGUGGAUCGAGAAGCUAUUCGGAUGCAAGGUAAUAUAGAUUGUCAACUCCUCGGGUUGAUGAAGUAGAACGCGAGAUGAAAAAAAUAAUAGCAUGGUUAUCUUGAAGAGCAGGCUAGAACGAGAUCGUGCCUCUCUCCACUUCCACACAUUGCCAACAUUUUCGAAAUUUUGCGUCGUAGAUCAGAUGUGUCACAGUAUGCAGUUUCUGGUGUUUUCGUAGUUCUUUGUACGUCGAGCGAAAUUGAAAUUAAAUUCUCCCAGCGAUUGUACUUCUUGUAAACCCUGAUUAGAUGCGCGGGUUGGCCGUCGAGGACACGCUGGUGGAUAUGAAGAACAAGACGCUAACGCUCGAAAGUCGGAAUCUCGGGCUGCUGCGCUUUCUUCGCACCGAGGAGACCUGCACCUAUUCGGUUCACCCGGACGACCCCUCGAAGACGUUGUACCAGGCAAGCAUCGGCAUCCGCGUGAAACUACCCGGUGGCGAGCCGGACACGGCGUCAGCGAUGGUUGGGACCGGCUCGAGCGGAGGCAGCAGCAGCUCUAGUUGCAUUAUUCCCAACGGAAGUCCUCGAAAUGCAUCUGCUGGAGCAGAAGCGACCACGUCCGGGUCCGCAGCUGCAAUGACCGCGACAUCAACCGCUGCGAGGGGGGCCGCGGCAGGGACCAUAGGAGCUGCUACGACCGAAAUCACAACAACGUCACCGGCAGGCUCGGCCAUACCUGCAGAGUCGACUUCAGCGCCAGGUCCUGGUGCUGCAGGAUUAGUCGCGGGACGAGAAGAUUCGUCAGCGGCUUAUACAACAACUUUGUCGAGCGCCAGUACUAGUGGCAGCGAUAGGUUGAAGAUGCCGCAAGCAUGCGACCAAGGCGGCGGCUCGACCGCGGCAGGUGGUGAAGCAGCUGCUACUUCUAGUGUAGGUUCCAGUUCAACAACUGCCUCCCCCGCGGCGACGUAUUCCAGCUGGAUGGGCACGAGUUACCUGCAGGGCAUCCUGGAGAACCAGUUUCUGAAUCGCGCCAAGGACAAGGCGAAAAUCGGGUUUGAGGUGAUGAAGGAAAAAAUCGAGUUCACCAGCCGGGAAACCAGCCCCGGCUUCAUCCCCCGGGAGCAGUGGGACCACUUUUUGCAGGAGAUGCAGCACGAGGCGAGCUUUCUGAAGGAGAAAACCCGGGAGAAAACCGACGAUUUCGUCCUAUCAAAUGUAAAAAUGUCUGGGUCUGGAACAUUGGAACUUGUGAUGCUAAAUUUGGACUCUAGAAAAAUCUGCAUUGCAUGACCAGCAAGAGGAGUCUAGUUUGUGCUACGCGGGGAGGGCGUUUGUCAUGCGGAGUAGGCAUCAGGAAGCCAGCUUAAAAUCUGUGAUGCGCGGUCGUGCAUUACAGACAUCCUGGGUGAUGCAAAACAUGCAUGACAAAUCUCAGAAUCUUCCAGACCCAGACACUUUUACGUUUGAUACGUCCGGGUGUUGUCCAACAAGGCCGAGGAAAUCACGCACAAGGCCGAGGAGAUUCUCCACGACGUGGAUCUGAAGUCCUGCGAACUGAAGGAGAAGGUCUCGCACGAAGUGACGGAGAUCAAGUCCAAAGUGUCCCACGAGGUCGAUGAAAUCAAAUCCAAAGUCUCCCACGAGGUCGACGAGCUGCGGCUGAGAACUGCGGAAUGGAAGGAAAAGACGUCGGAAUUCAAGGACGAACUGUAUCCUGUGUGAAAACGUCCCUACAGGUACAGUCACCAGAGCGUUCAAGAUGGCGACCCUGCGAACUACAAGAAUGGAGAAGAUUGAGGAGUCACGCGUAAUAAGUUUGGGUCCCUAGUAUCGUCGUGUUUGAUGGCUAGUGACGUCAAAUCACAAAAAAUCUAGCGUCUUACGCUGAUUAGAGCUGCAUGAAAAAGCUGUAAAAGUCCCAGACAGCAUGAGAAACCGCUCGUCAUGGGACUACGCGUGAAACACAGCUUAUGCUUAUGCAUGACAAGUCUUGGGGUUGGGAGUUGGGGACGUUGUUACAUAUGAUAGACUGAAGUUGAAAGCUACGGAGAUCAAGGACAAGGUCGCACUGAACGUCGAGGAGUUGAAGCGAGGGGGCGGCAACGGGAACGCGACGAAUAGCAACACAAGUUGCACUAGUACAACCUGUACUACUAGCCCGACCACCAGCCCCCCUUGCGGUAACCCCACGAAACACACACCGUCAGCAAGCGUUUGCGGCAUCGACGGGAGUGACGUCGGGUGGGUGCGUAGGACGGUGCGGGGCUGGAUUCCAUUCUUUCGGACGAGCUUGACGUGAUUCGGUGUAUGCGGCAGGGCGAAAGCGACGGACGGCAGAGUGAACAUCCUGCAGCUUCUUGUCGGUACUCCAGGAGGACGCGGUUUCGCAUGCCAGGGGUGCGAGAGAUUCAUCAGACGACUCACCGACGCGGACGCGUCAUACUUGUUGGGGAAAAAGGCGCGGGACAGCAGACGCGGCAAAAAUGGCGUCCGUUUUUUUGACUUGAGGCACCUGCAAUGACUCUGACAGACCUUGUACAGGACCGGACGGCUGAUCUGUGGGGGGAGUAAAUAUCACACUGCUGCAGCAAGUGUGAUUAUUUUUUGAGGAAGCGGAAGACGUACACGAAACGCACGUUACGAGUGAAGGUGACCUUCAUCAUCAUGGCACAUUAACACGAAAAGAUGAAAAUUAAUGAUAUUUCCAGUGUUGAUUUACCAUUUGCGCGAUCAUAUUUCUCCACGGCACUGCAAGUCAGACCGAUGGAUGCUGAUCGUAAAAACGCAUGAGUGCUACACAAGGGAGAUGAUCCCUUUGGUAGCAAAAAUAGAAGGCUCAUCGAUUUAUUUUCCGUUGCAUCCGUCGCACUUUGACUUUUUUGUAUGUUUUCGAACGGGAACUACAUCAAUUUGGAUUUUCCCUAGCUUCCUUCGGUGGAGCUACCAAUUAUGAGAUAGAUUUUGGCAGCCGCGUGCAAAACAUCACUCAGUUCCCAUUUGCACCGGUGCAUGGUGUGUGGACAUGCAAAAUAAGUGUAGAAAUUGAAAAGCACCACGGCAUGUGCAGGAGGACGACCCGAU